GCAUAAGAGAGUUGUACUUCAGUCCAGUAGGUGGCGGUAAUGCAACAUUUAUUGGAUGCCAACCGCCGUUAAACCUCAUCGAAGAAGACAAGACAACUGACGACAUGGGAACGUUUCAAGAGGACAGCUUGAACAUAAUUUUUGGGAAAAAACGAAUCGUUGCUGUCAGAGUUGUGUUGAGCGUCCCUGCUAACGCAAGUGCUGUGCAGACUGCUGUCAUCUUGACACACGGGGCUGGAGGGGACAUGAAUUUAAAGCAUUUGGUUUCUCUUGCUCAUGUACUUGCCUCGAAUGGUCUGCUAUGUCUUCGCUUCACGUGUAAAGGUUUAAACCUGGUUUACAGAGUGAAGGCUUACAAUGCUGUUUUGGAACACUUGAAAUAUCUUAAGAAAUUCACAAUAGGACACAUAUUCUUUGUUGGCCGUUCUAUGGGGGCUCGAGCUGCCUCUGCUCUGGCCAGGCAGCUCAGUGUUAGACCAGAGGAUGCAGUAGCUGGCCUAGUCUGUCUGUCCUUCCCCCUACACCCUCCAGGACAGACCCACAGCCAUCGCCAGCGGAGUGAGGACCUCAGGGGGCUGCCUAAGGAGGUGCCUGUGUUGUUUCUGUCUGGCACUGCAGACAACAUGUGUGAGAAGGUCCUUCUGGAGAAUGUUGUAAAAGAGAUGAAGUGUCCAACGACUGUUCGCUGGAUUGAAGGAGGCAACCAUGGACUUACAAUGAAGGGAAGGGCUGAGGAGUCUGCCCUGGAUGAAGUCAACUCACAUGUCUUAUCAUGGAUUCGGGAUCAAAUUUGCAUGAAGCUGACUGUAGAUCCGAAAGUUGUUGUUGCGCCACACAUUCCGUAGUGUGUUAUCAUACAUCCAGUUUAUAUUAUGAAUGUGUUGUGCUUAUAAUGAAGAAUAAAUAUAUACUUUUAUAUAUAUUUUUUUUAUUUUGGGCUAAAGGUAUUGACAUAGAUUUGCCUUGAAUAAUACAGCGUGCGGGUUGCUUCUCUGAAACGGACCGGUGCCUUCUAGUGGCGUGUAUUCAGGGAAGACAAACUUCCUCAAAUAUCUGUACCAAAUCAAAUCAAGUUGUAUUUGUCACAUUGCACCGAACACAACUGUGAAAGUGUCAAAUCCCGUUGAGAGCAAACGUCAUUGACAGAAAAACAAAAUGGAAUUGUUGCAUCUCGUUGUGUUGUCGUCCUCCGGUGGCUAGCUAGCCAGCUAGCUAAAGUUGUCUCUUUCCUAAAUUAGCCGUGGAUGGGAGAUGGGGAUGUGGACUUUUUACUUUUACUUCAUUCUCUGUACUGGCCAAUGAUUAUAACGGUGAUACUGAUCCAGCCAUUAGUUCAUACAUUGUUGUUUACCUGGCCUGAUAGAAUGGGUUUUCAAUAUGUAGCUAGAUGUAGAAGGCUCAUGUUAACUAGCUAACGUUGCCCACGAAUGGAAGUUAGGCUAGCGAGCAAGCAUUUUAUCCAGGUAGCCUAGGGCAACAAAAACUAAAAGUGUGUACUGAAUGACAGAGUGAAAGACUGUUUCAGCAACAUGAAAGAGAGGAGGAUGUCAUUGGCGUUUCUCUACAAGUAGGGUGAGUCAGCGUGUUUUCUACUUGCACGAACACACACACACACACACAGAAAUCAGAGCCAUGGACAGCCACAUCAUAUUUAGCUUAAAUUGAUUGGACUAAAUUGUUUUGGGGUCUCUUUUAGUUGUCACUAUUGGACUAAGCAGAGUUGAUUUGAUGAAUUUGAAAUGGUGCUGGAAUAAGGCAGCUCUUGUUUUGUUUGUGACUUGCGGUUACUCUCUGUGGUUCUAAAUCAAUAAUUGUUUAGUGGUCCGAAAAUAUCUGAAACAACUUGAUUGACCAUGCUGAAUGUCAUGUAGCUGUCUGUUACUGUACAUCCGAAAUGCUUCGUGGACGUCACUGGACAGAGGUUGCCAUUUUGUAAUAAAACAAAGAUGAGGUUGAAUUUA